UUCAAAAUCAGCUGUGGUAUAUAAAGGCCCCGGUGUCUCUUAGAUUUUCGUUAAUUCCACUUCGAAUUCCACCAGCUCACAAUCUCUUAAGCGAAUCGACAUGAAGAUCUACAUUCUCGCAGUGCUUUUGGGUGUGGUUUGCUUUGCAUCCGCUCAGCAGAACCCAACUGGAUGGAACUACAAUCCUUACCUCUACUUCCCUUAUUCCGCUCUCAGUCCACCAGCACAGGAGACGGCGGAAGUAGCCGCCGCAAGGGCUUCUCACUUGGCCGCUCACGCUGCUGCCGCUCGUGGACGACGAUCGAUUCCCGACAGUCCCGAAGUCUGGGCCGCUAAAGUCGAACAUUACCGCGCAUACGCCGCUGCAUCCGCUGCCAACGGUGUCGUUUCCACCCUCCCAACUCUUUACACCAACGAAGUUGCUGCUGCUCGCGCCGCUCAUUUUGCCGCUCACGCCGCUGCCGCCGCCCGCGGUAAACGAUCCGUCGCAGAUGCCCCCGAUGUGGCCGCUGCCAAACUCGAACAUGUCCGCGCUCACGCCGCCGCUGCCGCCGCUAAUGGAGUCGUUUCUAGCCUUCGCCAUUUGGAACCCGUUGCCGUUUGGGGACCCCCACAGCCCGUCCAGGACACUCCCGAAGUCGCCGCUGCCCGUGCUGCCCAUAUGGCCGCUCUAGCUGCCGCUGCCGCUCGUGGUAAACGAUCCGUUCAAGACACUCCCGAAGUGAUGGCCGCCACCAUCGAGCAUUACCGCGCCUACAACGCCGCCGCAACCGCCAACGGAUUUCCCAUGACUUUACUCCCGGCCCGUUAUGCCAACAUGCCGUUCGGUAUGCCCCAACCCGUUCAGGAAACUGCCGAGGUCGCCGCUGCCCGUCGCGCUCACAUGGCCGCUCUCGCUCACGCCACUGCCCGAGGUUAAACAACAUCACAGAGAUCUGAAACAUGUCUAUAGAUAAUUAGAUAUGGCUGUGUCAGCUAUCAGUCGCAAUGUACACACCUGAAUUAUCUUUCUGCUUCCCAAUACCGAUACCUUUUGAGAUUGAACAAAAAUAAACCGAACGCUUCUUUCAUAAAA